UGUUUGCCCGUAUUCGCGUCCAGAGCUGCACCCAGAGCGGGUCUGAGCCUCUGCUCGGGUGUAGCACUGCGGAACACGGGGGCCGCGUCCAUUUCCACAGGAACAGGGGAAAUGGAGCCGCUAUUAUUGAUGUUUGGUCGAUAUGUCACGGGGUCGUGGUUUGCUGACAGCAGCAGGAUGGUCCGGCGACACAAGUCAAGCGUGGCUCCCAGAGCAUCUGUCCUGCCGGCCUGUCAGCCGCAGUGAGGCUGCUCCCCGGGGCAGAGCGGAGCUGCCUGAGGGAUGCCAAUGAAUUAUUCAGCCACAUGCUGCAUAUGAUCAGCGAAGCCCGGGACUGUGCAGCUCUGCUGCUGGGGACAGUGAGGGACUAUCAGGGCGGAGGGUGGCUGCGAUUUGGCUGCGUGAGCCUUCCUGCAGUUUGUUGUGCAGAGGUUUCCAGAGCAGACUGUGUGUGAGCCGGGCAGGAUCCUCAUGGCACAGUGUCGCACAGGACGCUGUGCGUUUUAGACUGACAGUAGAAGACGACGUCAGCUGCGUGGCUGGAGCUUCAGAAGAAACCUCCGGCUCUGGGUGGGCGACCAAGAUAAAAGUGCAAAUAUAUGACAGCCGCAGAUGAAGUGUACGACAGCAGUGACGCUACAGGGUCGUCGUCUUCCUUCUGACAGUGACGGCUGAUGUUUCCAGAGUGAGACGGGACGCCGACUCCCGUGUCCGCUGUCCUCAAUCAGAGCAGGGUUACACCAGUGUUUGCCUAAAUGUUUCUCCCUCUCCUCCUCUUACCCCCCAUGACUGAACCGGUCCAUGCCCCCCCCUCGAUGUGUUUAGGUGAGUGAUGGAGACCAGAGAGUUGGCCGUGGUCGCCAGCAGCUUCGUGGGCUUCCAGCUCCUGUUCUCAGUGGCCAGCCCACGGCUUUCCUCCACCAUCACACCAGGUUACAGGCAGCUGCCGCCCCCCAAGCUCACUGAAUGGAACUCCAGGUUGGUGUCGACUGUGCACGCUCUGGUUGUUGGCCUGUUCUGUCUGUACAUCCUGUGGUUUGAUGACAAAGUCAACGCCAACCCCGUCUGGGGUGACCCCAGCCUGGUCAAACUCAACGUGGCCAUAACCUGUGGCUACCUCCUCUACGAUCUGGUGCUGCUGGCCUGUAACUGGAGCACUAUGGGGGACAGCUUCUUUGUCUGUCACCACUUGGCGGCGCUCUAUGCAUAUGGAUAUGUGCUGACCCGUGGCGUGCUUCCCUACUUUGCCAACUUUCGUCUCAUCUCAGAGUUGUCCACGCCGUUUGUGAACCAAAGGUGGUUCUUUGAUGCGCUAAAGUACCCCCGCUCACACCGGAUGGUGGUGAUAAACGGCGUUGUCAUGGCAGUGGUGUUCUUCCUGGUGCGCAUCGCCGUCAUGCCGUCCUACUGGGCAAGUGUAUUCGCCACCUUUGGCACUCCGGACUUUGAGCGGCUGGGCUUGGGCGCUCAGGUGGCCUGGAUCACAUCCUGCAUCGCCCUGGACAUCCUGAACACUGUCUGGAUGUAUAAGAUCGCCCGAGGAUGCUACAAGGUCCUCACCAGGAGCGGAGGGCGAAAGGUGACGGACGGAGCAGAGGCAUCGUCUUCCUCAGACAGGAAGCACAUCAACAACCACACAGACUAGAGAUGGAGCGCGAAGGAAGUGCAGACACAGACGUAAGCAGGGAGGGAGGCUGGAGCAUCCCCGUCCUCACACCCCCAGUGUUACCCCUUGAUCCCCCUGAAGUGAACCAGUGGGCCGGGCUCAGAGCGCUCCAGCUCUGACCCUGCCACGGGACAAGGAACCUGCUCUCUGACUCGCCGUGCACCAGCCACUGCAGCCCUGGUGUGUCUGCUGGUAUCCUGCUGAGCGAUGGCUUUCACCAGAGCUCCCAAGCACACACUUUAAAGUCCAUCUGUCACACACCCGCACCAUCACUCUGUCACCUGCCCUCAGCCUCAUCUGACGCUUAACUUCAGCCAAAGCCCAACCCUCUGAAGUGCCUGUGAAGACAGGAAAGCAAUAAUAGUGAAGGAACGAGAUCCCAGUUCAGCAGAGCUUGGUCCCUUCAGAAGACAAACAUCUCCUGAGCGCCUGGCGGCGACUUCUGUGCUUCAGGCUCCGUCCACGGUCGAGAAGCUGCGGCCUACUCUCCCCUCAGACCCGCACAGUGUCUGUCAGGCUAUAGGGCUUUUGUCUUUAACUCAACAGACCUCACAGAGACAGAGAAACACCGUGAUGCCUCUUCUACAGUAUCACCUGCUGUGGCCUCCUUGCGGCGACUGCCUGCAUCACCAGCCAUGCCCCUCCAACCUCCUACACUCUGGAUGACCAUUGAAGAGAAUAUGCAGCGCGCAGGACAGAGAUCCACCGCCCUCGGCUUCUCACAAGACCACUCGGGCCUUUCACCGCUGACUAUGUUGGUGUCGCUGUGCUGCACUCGGCUCUUUAGUCUCUCGGUUUACUCAGCCUUGUCCCAGUAACGCGUGCAAUCAUAUGGUGGCCCUCUGCCUCGCUGCUCCGCUGUCCAGAGACCUGGUCGAUGAGCUGUCACCUGCUGUUUUUCUUUGCACUAUAAAGACUGAUUUUAGCAUCACCCCCUCUGCAGCCAGUGCAGUGCGGCGAAAUGUGUCCACUGUGUCGGGAGGCGGUU